AAGCAGCUGAGAGGCAGAGGCAGAGAAACACGACUCAGGAGCGUCUCAGGGCUCUCGGAUCUGGGGACAGAAGUGAGAUUGGAGAAAGUAGAGCGAUGCCAAGGAGGAAACAGCAAGCACCCAAACGGGCUGCAGGUUAUGUCCAAGAGGAAGAUUUAAAGGAAGAGGAAGAUAUAAAGGAGGAGGAAGAAGAUGAUGAUGACAACAAUUCAAGUGCUCAACUUCAGGGCAGCAAUGACACUGGUACAGAUGAGGAGCAUGAACUGGGACCUGAGCAAAAAGGGAACUUUAGUUACCAGAAUUCUCCAGUCAGUCAUAUAUCUAAUCAGGAUGCAGAAAAUGAAUCACUACUGAGUGAUGGUAGUGACCAUGUGACAGAUAUUAAAAGCAUUUGCUCUAGAGAACCACAGGAUCCAAAAACCGGUGCCCAUCCCAAAGGCCAGAAUGAAGCACAUGAUUGCAUGGAUAAAAUGACAGCAGUCUAUGCCAAUAUACUGUCAGACUCUUAUUGGACAGGCUUAGGGCUUGGUUUCAAGUUGUCUAACUCGGAAAAGAGGAGUUGUGACAACAGAAAUGGAGGUAACAAAGCUGAUUUUGAUUGGCACCAAGAUGCAUUGUCAAAAAGCUUACAACAGAAUUUACCUUCCAGACCUGUCUCGAAACCUAACCUGUUCAGUUCAGUCCAGCUCUACAGGCAGAGCAGCAAAAUGUGUGGAGCUGUAUUCACUGGUGCUAGCAGGUUUAGGUGCAGGCAGUGCAGUGCUGCCUAUGACACUUUGGUGGAACUAACGGUUCAUAUGAAUGAAACAGGUCAUUACCAAGAUGACAACCAUAAAAAGGACAAGCACAGACCUACCAGCUACUCAAAGCCCCGAAAAAGGGCUUUCCAGGACAUGGACAAGGAAGAUGCACAAAAAGUUCUGAAAUGUAUGUUCUGUGGUGACUCUUUUGAUUCCCUUCAAGAUCUGAGUGUUCAUAUGAUAAAAACAAAACAUUACCAAAAAGUGCCUUUGAAGGAGCCGGUACCAACCAUUUCUUCAAAAAUGGUCACUCCAGCAAAGAAACGUGUGUUUGAUGUUAACAGGCCUUGUUCCCCCGAUUCCACAACAGGGUCUUUCUCAGAUACUUUUUCUCCUCAGAAGAAUGCAAACAUGCAGUUAUCAUCUAACAACCGCUAUGGCUAUCAAAAUGGCGCCAGCUAUACAUGGCAAUUUGAGGCCUGUAAAUCUCAGAUUUUGAAGUGUAUGGAAUGUGGAAGCUCACAUGACACCUUGCAGCAGCUUACUACUCAUAUGAUGGUCACUGGCCAUUUCUUGAAAGUCACAAGUUCAGCUUCAAAAAAAGGAAAGCAACUCGUUCUGGAUCCUUUAGCUGUGGAAAAGAUGCAAUCACUGUCUGAAGCACCAGCCAAUGACAGCCUGGUUUCAAAGACAACCAGUAAAUCAUCUUCAGAAUGCAUAGCUCCCACCUCUGAACUAAAAAAAGAAACUAAAAAAGAUAAGACUGACGAUACAAACAAAGAUGAGAAAGUGGUGAAAACUGAAGAGUAUGAAGAUACACUUCAAAAACCACUAGAUCCUACGAUGAAAUACCAGUACCUCAGAGAAGAAGAUUUAGAAGAUGGUUCAAAGGGUGGUGGGGAUAUUUUAAAGUCAUUAGAGAACACUGUCACAACAGCCAUCAAUAAAGCUCAAAAUGGAGCUCCUAGCUGGAGUGCAUAUCCUAGUAUCCAUGCAGCUUAUCAGCUUUCAGAAGGAGCUAAGCCGUCUUUGCCUGUGGGUUCCCAAGUGCUGCAAAUCAGGCCAACAAUCACCAAUAAAUUGAGGCCCAUAGCUCCAAAGUGGAAGGUCAUGCCUCUUGUCCCUAUAUCAGCAAAUGUGGCCCAGUGCACUCAAGUGAAGAAGGAAACUGAUGACAAGGAAGAUGUACAAAAGGACUAUGCUAAAGAGGGCAUCCAAGCAGAACCUGCCCCACUGUGUCAGAAUGAAAGAGAACCUCUCCUCAAAUGUGAAGCUUCUGUAGAGCCAAAAAAGACAGAACCGUGUCCCUUGAAAGAAGAAGACAAAAUAAAAGAAGACAGUGGAAAAGAAAAACCAGUCCUCAAGGAACCAACAGCAGCUUCUCUUAGUAAUGGUUGCGCUGCCAACCAUUCUUCUGAACUGCCUUGUGUCAACCCACUUAGUGCCCUCCAGUCAGUACUGAAUAAUCACUUGGGCAAAGCCACUGAACCUUUACGGCCCCAAUCCAACUCCAGCCCCAGCUCUAGCACAAUUUCUGUGUUCCACAAACCUAAUUUAAAUAUAAUGGAGAAGCCAGUCUUAUCUCCUGCUCCAACCCCACCAAAGCCUGCAAGUGUAUCCAGGCACUAUUUGUUUGAAAACAAUGAUCAGCCUAUUGACCUGACCAAAUCUAAAGGCAAGAAAGCUGAGUCAGCUCAAGCACAAUCUUGUACUUCUCCACCUCAGAAACAUGCUCUUUCUGACAUUGCUGACAUGGUAAAAGUUCUUCCCAAAGCUACCACGCCAAAACCUGCUGCAUCUUCAAGGAUCCAAUCUAUGAAAUUAGAAAUAGAUGUCCGACGCUUUGAGGAUGUCUCAACAGAGGUCUCUACACUGCAUAAAAGGAAGGGCAGACAGUCAAACUGGAACCCUCAGCAUCUUCUCAUUUUGCAGGCUCAGUUUGCUUCCAGUCUCUUCCAGACUUCUGAAGGUAAAUAUUUAUUAUCAGAUCUAGGCCCACAAGAGCGCAUGCAGAUUUCAAAAUUUACUGGACUGUCGAUGACCACCAUCAGCCAUUGGUUGGCAAAUGUCAAGUACCAACUUAGGAAAACUGGAGGAACAAAGUUUUUGAAAAACAUGGACAAAGGGCAUCCAAUCUUUUAUUGCAGUGACUGUGCAUCUCAGUUUCGAACACCAUCUACUUACAUUAGCCACUUAGAAUCUCACCUAGGUUUCCAAAUGAAAGACAUGAACAGGCUGGCUGUGGAGCAGCAAACCAAGGUAGAGCAAGAAAUCUCCAGAGUUUCAGUUCAAAGAUCUCCUGAAACAAUAGCUGGAGAAGAGGACACAGACUCUAAGUUCAAAUGUAAGUUGUGCUGUCGGACAUUUGCGAGCAAACACGCAGUAAAACUUCAUCUAAGCAAAACACACAGCAAGUCACCAGAACACCAUUCACAAUUUGUAGCAGAAGUGGAUGAAGAAUAACUCUUAAGGUAUGCAUGCUCUAUAGUGAGUUUUAAUUUCAUCAUUUUAAGGAGGACUCUUAAGACAUUUGUAUUUUUUUUAAAUGUAGGAAAACGCUAUAAAAUGUAUAAUGUACUGCUGCUUCAUUAGUCUAAUUACAUGUACAUAUCCAUUUUAUAAUGUUUUCAAGAAGAGAGCUCGAUAAAUGCUUAGCUCCAUUGCCCUAUAUAGAAAAGUUGCUUCUUAUUACUCAUUUCAACAUAGCUGUUUUCCCAGUUCUCACUCUCUUCUCUGUUUCUAAGAGCUAAUUGAUUCACAUCCUAGGCAGUUCAAUGUGGAGUGCAACUAAAUGCUACUCUUUGCAAUGCGAAUACAAAAAUCAGGAAAAAGUACUGAGCACCAAAGAACUGCUUACCUCUCUCCCAGAAAAUCUGAUUUUGGUGGGAAAAAAAAAGACAAUUCAGAUAGAAUUUAGCAAAAUCUUAAUUAAUCCAUAGUUUAAAACCAAGCCUGAAAAAUCUACUAAUAACUCUGAAAAGCUUUUGCCUAGCAGUUCUGCUAUUCUUUUGGUGCUGUUUGGAUACUCAAUUUUGUGACAUACUUUAAUAACUCCCCUUAGUUCUGACGUGAGUGGCCUUUUUGGUUGCAUCAUUUUAUCCUAACCUUUAUCUCUGCUCAAUGCUUUUUUAUUCUUGACAAUGUUUGAUUAUAUUUUGUUUGAGAUUGACUGGCACUCCCAUCAACAUAUAAACAUGACUAACUUCAGUGAAAGUUUCACUAUAACCUGGAUUUUUUUAGGCUUAAUUAAGGGAGCAGCUAGAUUUUUUUACACGCUUAAUAUUUCAAUGACCUGGUAAUAGGAUAGUUCUACAUUAAUGUUGCUAUGUUUUUGCUGAAAGAGACACCAAAUGAAGUAAUGCCACAACCAAUGUUAAUGACAUGUAAUGUAUUCUUCAUAUGAUGCACAGUUUUUGCAUUUUUAAUUUUAUUUAACUCACAAACUUGAACUGUCUUGCUUUAAAUAAACACGUGUUACAUCAACUAAAAGUCCAAAGAGAAGUUGCCUAUUCUAACAUGUUUAUUACCAUCAAGGUUCUGUUAAUCGUCCCCAGCAAUUUCUGCAGCAAAUUCAGGCUCCGUUUCUGCUCACUGAAUAAGCAUGGGCAGAUUCAGCUUUUCUCCAGUGUUUCAUUACUUGAAUAACAUUUGGCAAAUGAAUUCAUCAGACAUAGUCAAAAUUAAAGAUGUGUUGUGAGUUGUUACUUAGGCCACCUGCUAUUGUGGCUAUUCUCUGCUAAUUGAGGCUGCAAGCACUUUGAGUUGAAUACCCGUUUGUGUGAAAAUUUCACAUUUGUUUGCUGCAAAUAUUCAUGAAGCUUUAAGAAACACUUUCUGUUUACAAGGCCGCACAUGGACUAUGCAUCACUUAAGCCCCAUUAAAAAGACUACUUUUGAGCAAUUUAAAUGACUAAUCAAAGGGUUACUUUAGGAUGGACAACAGAAGCUCUUACUGUAGAGUAUAACAUCAGUAUUCAAGUUCAGUAAGAUUUAAGUUUUGAAUACAUCUUGUAUAAGUUGUCUGUAUUUGACUGGAUUUACCCUUUCUGUAUAUGUUAUGCAGCAAAAUUCAGUAUAACUCAAAGGGAGUUUAUUUUAAAUAGUGCUAAUACCCUUAUGUUUUAUUUUGGCAUUUUUAACCCAGUUUUAGAACUCACUAUAAAAAGGAUGAAAAAAUGUUCUUUGUUUUGUCUAAUAUAACUAAUUUGCCACCUACCUAUUUUAUAGCCAUUCAGAAUCAAUAUACCUGCCAAAAUGUCAGAAAAUUACAAGUGAUUGGUUGAGGAAAAAGUAUACUAUACUGCCUUUCUUCUACACCAGUUAAUGAUUAUUAAAACUCUGACAUUCAUAGUUUUCACACAAGAGAUACGAGAGCAAACCAAUAAUUUGGGUAGUAUCAAACAAAAGCUAUCUGCCAAAUAUAUUAAUGUAACAGUUAUUUUGGCAUAUUUGUGGCUUAAUACCUGACAAAUGUUUCAGGUUUGGUAUGAAAAGCACUGUGUUAUUAUUAAGAUGCAAACCAAACACCCACCUUUAUAAACAUGAUACAGUUCCUUGGGAUUUCGGAACAAAUACAAAGAAAAAAUCCCCGAGGAACAGAGUGGUUUCUAUGUUGUAAUAACCUACACAGACACAUUGCUGAUAUUAUUCAGGUGAUAUGUAACUACAUAAAUAAGGUACUGUCCUACCUGCCUUUGGGUACCCAGAAAUUGCUCUUCUCUUAAUACUCAUCCAUUUCUAAUUUAUAUCAGGAUGCAGGUUGUGUCUUACCUUUGAAAAAUAUAUUUAAAUUGCGAUGACAGAGUGAUAGCACUGUUAUCUGGAACUGUAAUUUCAGUUGGUAUGCAUGAUAGCACAAAUUGUAUGAAAUGAUGGGGUAUUUUGGAUAGCAUUGUAAAGAUUUUAUUACAGUUUUGGAGCUGUAAGCUUACCUGAGUUCUGACUGUUAGAAGUAUCGAGGCCAGAGUUUAUUCAUAUGGGUUUCUUCCUGAGAUCUGGAAGGAGACUAAAUCAAAUAACAGGGAUUUUCAGAAUUUACUUAUUCUUAUCAUGUUAUUUUUAAGAUUCAGUAUACAUUUGAAUAAUCACAUAGAGGAGAGCAAAGUAUUUAGAAACAGGAAAUAUAAAGUAUACCGAGACUCUUAAAAUACACAAAUAGAUCUGCAUUUACUUAUUCUAUGCAAUAUUGUAGCAAAACAAAAAUAAAAAUAGAAAAAUGUAUGAAAAUAAACAGAAAUAACAUAGUGGAAAAAAGAUUUGAAGUCUAACAUACAUAAAAUACAUUCUUUAUUGCAAUGAAAGCUCCUGUUAAGAAGUCAUAUUUGGAAAAUGGUAAAAAUCAUUAAAAAUAUAAAUGAAUGAUCUGGAUUAGUACUAUAGGAAAAAUGUGUUAUGUAUAUGGAUUUUUUAAGACCUUUGUGAGGCUGUUUAUAAGAAUUUGCUAUGAAUUCUUGUGAAAUGUAAAGACAUACAUAUGUGUUUUAUAUUCAUCUUUGCUGUUUUCUUGAAUUUUUCCAACUGA